AUGGCGGCGGCGGCGGCGGGAACGAUCCCUGAGGAGAACCUGGCCGGUGACGGACCGACCGCAGAGGCUGAGGGGAAAGCGAGCUCUGCGCUCCCCGGCCCGCGCCCGCUUCGCCCCGGGUUGACCCGCCUGGACGUCCAGCGCUAUUCGCGGCAGCUGGUGCUUCCCGAGCUGGGCGUGCGAGGGCAGCUGCGGCUGGCGGGUAGCUCCGUCCUGGUGGUGGGCUGCGGAGGGUUGGGCUGCCCGCUGGCCCAGUACUUAGCCGCCGCGGGCGUGGGUCGCCUGGGGCUGGUGGAUCACGACGUGGUGGAACUGAAUAACCUCCACAGGCAGGUGUUGCACCGGGAGAGCCGCCUGGGCAGCUCCAAAGCCCAGUCUGCGGCCUCAGCCCUGAGGGAACUCAAUUCCACGGUGGAGUGCGUGCCCUAUGAGGCGUGCCUGAGCCCCAGCAAUGCCCUGCAGCUGGUCAGGGCCUACGACAUCGUUGCGGACUGCUCUGACAACGUGCCCACUCGCUACCUGGUCAACGAUGCCUGUGUGCUGGCGGGGAAACCCUUGGUGUCUGCCAGCGCCUUGAGGUUUGAGGGGCAGCUGGUGGUGUACAAUUACCUAGGGGGGCCCUGCUAUCGUUGCCUGUUCCCCAAGCCCCCUCCGCCAGAGACAGUCACAAAUUGUGCUGACGGUGGCGUUUUGGGUGUCGUGCCGGGUAUUCUGGGCUCCCUCCAGGCGCUGGAAGUGCUCAAGAUUGCCUCUGGGAUAGGCACAGGCUUGAACCGGGCUAUGCUGCUUUUCGAUGCCCUGGAGGGAAAAUUUCGUCAGAUCAAGCUAAGAUCCAGGAAUCUGGACUGUGCAGUGUGUGGUGACCAUCCUUCUGUAACAGGCCUACAGGAUUACGAAAGUUUCUGUGGGUCUUUGGCAACAGACAAGUGUCGGACCUUGCAUCUGUUGACUAGCGAAGAGCGAAUAUCUGUAGAAGAGUACAAAAAGUUACUGGACAGCCAGGUCCACCAUGUGCUUGUAGAUGUCCGCCCACCUGUGGAAGUGGACAUAUGUCACUUGCCACAUUCCCUAAAUGUGCCUUUAAGUAAACUAGAAGGAAAAGAUGAGGAGUGUUUGAAGAUUCUGUGCCAGAGGAUAGAUGAAGCGAAGCAGAGGACUAAUGACAACACGACUUUCCCAGUUUAUGUUGUUUGCAAAUUAGGAAAUGACUCUCAGAAGGCUGUGAGAAUUUUGCAGAGAUUGUCCCAUGAUGGACUAGGUUUAAUAUCUGUUAAGGAUAUCAAAGGAGGACUGAUGGCGUGGGCCAGCAAAAUUGAUCAAGAGUUUCCUCAGUAUUAAUAUUUUCUAAUAAAAAACUAUAAUGUGUCUUUA